UUCAAAUUUUCCCUAAUUCCGCCCAAAUUUCCAUGCCUGCGAACUCACCGCCAUUGCCGCCGCCGUCACGCCGGCGGCGGUGCUCGACGUUCUACACAACACUCAUUAUCUCCGCCGUCGCUUUCCAGAUCUUCUUCAAUGCUGCAGCAGGCGAACACAACAUUGAAAUCCACAGCAUUGAAAGCGACGCCGAUCGGUUAAGCUUCGAAAACCCUAACCUCCGCCAAGCCUACGUCGCCUUGCAAGCGUGGAAGCACGCGAUUAUCUCCGAUCCGUUCAAUUUCACGGCGAACUGGAGAGGCACCGGCGUUUGUUCGUACAGAGGAGUUUUCUGCGCCGCGUCGCUGUUCAAUGCGUCUCUUAGAGUCGUCGCCGGAAUAGACCUCAACCACGCGGAUAUCGCCGGGUACUUGCCGGAUGAGCUCGGUUUACUCACUGAUUUAGCUCUGUUUCAUGUUAAUUCGAACAGGUUUUGUGGCGUUGUUCCUCAGAGCUUCGAGAGAUUGAAGCUUCUGUUCGAGCUUGAUUUGAGUAACAAUCGGUUCGCCGGAGGCUUCCCCGACGUUGUGCUCUCUUUGCCUUCUCUGAAAUUUUUGGAUCUUCGGUUUAAUGAUUUUGAAGGCGGCGUUCCGAGGAAUGUUUUCGAGAAAAAUUUGGAUGCUCUGUUUCUGAAUGAUAACAGAUUCAGAUUUGGAAUACCGGAGAACGUCGGAAACUCGCCGGUUUCCGUACUUGUUCUGGCCAACAAUAACCUCGGCGGCUGUAUUCCGGCGAGCAUUGGGAAGAUGGCGAAGACUUUGAAUGAGCUCAUUUUGCUUAAUGAUAAUUUGACUGGUUGUUUGCCGCCGGAGAUUGGGCGGCUGAAUAGACUGACGGUGUUGGAUUUGAGCUUUAAUAAUUUGCAGGGGCCGCUGCCGGCGGAGCUCCGCCGUAUGCGGAGUUUGGAGCAGCUGAAUGUGGCGCAUAACCGCCUGACGGGGGAGGUUCCGGCGAGGGUUUGUUUGUUGCCGCGGCUUCAGAAUUUUAGUUAUUCGUACAAUUAUUUCACCGGAGAGGCGCCGGAGUGCGUUAGAUUCGGCGGUGGCGGUGGUGGUAGGGUUUAUGACGGCCGGCGGAAUUGUAUUCCGAAUAAAAGUGACCAAAGGUCUCCUGGAGAGUGCUCUUCUGAUGCUGCUAAGCCUUUUGACUGCCGUAAGUCUAAAUGCGUCGGCGGAGGUGGUGGUGGCGGUGGCGGUGGCGGCGGAGGUGGAGGUGGAGGUGGUGGUGGCGGUGGCGGCGGUGGUGGCGGUUUUUCGCCUAAACCGCCUUCGCCGAAGCAUUCUGGUAGGCACGUGCCUACACCGAGGCCGGUUCCUCCGUCGCCAAAAUCUCACGCGCCACCACCGCCGCCGACACACAGUGUCUCUCCAGGGACACGUCUUCCGCCACCGCCGCCUCCGCUACACUCGCCGUCGUCUCCGCCGAGUGUUCAUCCAACGCCGCCACUGUCUCCGCCGUCUACUCAUCCAUCACCGUCACAUCCUCCAGGAACAACGCCGUCGCCGCCGUACGCUCAACCGUCGCCGCCUAUUCCACCACCAGGAACCACACUAUCGCCGCCGCACCUUCCACCGGGAACCACGCCAUCACCGCCGCACCUUCCACCGGGAACCACGCCAUCACCGCCGUACACUCAUCCGUCGCCGCCACACCUUCCACCUGGAACCACGCCAUCGCCGCCGUACACUCAGCCGUCGCCGCCGCACCUUCCACCAGGAGCCACGCCAUCGCCGCCGUAUGCUCAUCCAUCGCCGCCACAAUCUCCACCAGGAACCUCGCCAUCGCCGCCGUAUCACCAUCCGCCACCUCAAUCUCCACCAGGAAGUACGCCAUCGCCGCCGUAUCACCAUCCUCCACCGGAACACGCUCCCUCACCCUCGCCGCCACUUCCACCGUAUCUCCAUCCAUCGCCGCCACCUCCGCCACCGCCGGCGCACAUACCCCUGCCCCCAAUCACCGGCGUUCCGUACGCAUCUCCGCCGCCCCCUCCGAUUCCAUAUUACUAGUCAAAUCAUCUACCACGCCAAUCCCCUUUUCCCCCAUAAAUCACAGGCAAUGAUUUCUUAUGAUGUUCUGUGAUUUAAUUAAUACUACUCUGUAUUAUUAUUAUUAUUAUUAUUAAUUAUGUUUCAUUUCUUGUUCAAUCCCUAUCCCCUUAUCCUAAUCUUCUUAGGCU